CGGGAGAAUUAAAGACUGGUCUUCGCUUCGGUCUGCCAAGUAAAUUAUAGACACGCCGGAUUAUAUAUAUAAUAAUAGCAAGAUGAAUGUACCAUUCAAUUGGAUCGAUGCGAAAUAAGGUCGUUCCUUUCUUCGCGCACAUGUCCAAUCUAUCCAGAUGUUCCGUGAUCAAUUAUCCAAUAUUUCUCACUGUUCGACACUUCCUCGAUGAAUACAUUCCCAUAUCUUGUAAAAAUAGGAAAUAUAUGUCUUCGACGUAAUUUAUAAUCCCGGAACAAUUAAUUUUUUUUCAAAGAUUAUUGUAACUUUCGUUACAAUUCUUAUCUUAAAAAUAAUAAUUCCCUCCUAUUGUUAUAUCCAAGAAACGGGUAAAUAAGAAACGGCAAGAAGAUUUCAUCAUCGCAGACCAGGAUCAAAUUCUAUUAAUCUUUUCGCAAUGAUCUUGUCCCCGAAUUCUCGAAAGGCAGCAUCCUGCUUUGCAAUCUAGGAGAUCAAACCGAGUAAACGUAUCAUUACGUUGUUUACUUACUGGCGAAUGAUAAAUGGUAAUCGUGACAAUGUCUGAAAAAAACCCAACGGAUGACAUAAAUCUUAUUGUAUAUAAACGAUAUUUACGAUCUGAUGGAAGUCAGUCUUUGGAAAUCGUUUGGGGACCGGUCGAGCAAUGACAAGUUGGAGGAUCGUGCGCAAAGUGCAAGGAUCGAUGUUGAUUGUGAUUUUAUUGGCGAUCCCGAUCGUGGUACGAAGCCAAGCCAACGAUGCAACAACGAUCAAGAACAAUCCGGUGGAUCCUUAUAAAAUCGUCGAGACCAACGAUCGUCAAUACAACAUUGGCCGAAGAGUGUUCGAUUUCCGGAAGAACGGGAUCAGAGUGGAUAUCAGAGUGGUACCGUCGUUGAAAAAUGACUCGAUGAAGGAUGACGGGUUCCCUGAGUUUCCCGUGAUGGAUAUAAACCGAUGCGUUAUCGAUCUCUCGUUGAUCUGCGCGAAAAACCGCCUCGGCCGAUUCCUAGAGUCGAUCAGGAGCAUGAACGAGAUUCACUUAAUGGGGCAAAACGUUAAACUGGUGAAGACCAGGACGAGGAGCAGUCGUGGUAGAUUCGUUAACGAGAGCAACGACAAUAUAGAGCGCAGUGUAAAUGAUUUCUUUGACACGUUCGCCUUGAGAAUUACGUUGCCCAGGUGGAAUGGGAAUCGAGAAAAGAAUCAGAUCGACGUUAUGUUCGACGAAACCGAUAUUGUGCAAGGAAGAGGGAAAAAAGGAGGUGGUGGUGGUAAGGGAGGUGGCAAAGGAUGUCAGAUGAUGAUGAUGGCGGGUCUUAUGAUGCUCAAAAUGAAAUUUAUGGGAAUAGCUACGAUGAAAGGAAUGAUGAUGGCAGGUAUGUCUCUAAUGAUAUCAAUGGCAAUGAUAAUGAACAAAUACAUGAAGGGCGGUGGAGGCGGAGGCGGAGGCGGUGGUGGAGGUAAUAUAUCACGAAUAUUUAUCCUCGUCGAUUAUCAUUACGAAUACUGAAUGAACAUAGCAUUGCACUUGAUUGCUUGCAGGUCAAUACAAAGAAAUUGUCCUCUUAACGAAAUCUGGAGGAGGUGGAGGAGGCUACGGUGGAGGGGGUGGAGGAGGUUACGGUGGAGGGGGUGGAGGAGGUUAUGGUGGCGGUGGUGGCGGUGGAGGAGAUUAUUAUGGUGCUCCACCGUCUAUGACCUAUGGUGUACCCUCAGGUGGUGGUGGUUGGGGUCGCAGUUUUGGAAAACGAUUUAUAACUACCAAUCCCGAUAAAACGAAUCGUACGAAUGAUUCGACGAAUUCACUUUUCAAAAGUGAAAGAAAACCUGUUUUAAGUACAAAUUUUAGCAGCUAUAAGAAUUAUGGAUCCAAUUUUACGUAUUCGAAUUGGAAUUACAGCAAUCACGCGCAACCACAGGCAUAUUUAAUUAACAAUGUUAGUAACGUGGAAAAAAAUAACGGAAUGGAGCCAUUAUUACAUUCUUCUGAUAAAUAUGCUAGUGGUACGAAAACUUAUCGAAUAAAUGAGGGAUCAAAUGAUGAUACAAGAGAUCACGUGACUGAUACAGGACCAGUCGUUGAUUAUACGGAUAAUGUCGCUUUGACGAAUCAUAUAGGUAAAAAUUACGGUACAAAUUUAACGCAACCGAUUUACAGCAACGAAUGGCAAUCAACGGAAGAGAAAUUAGGUGUCAAAUUUGAAUAGAGGAAUUUUGAGAAAAGAAAAUUCGAAUGUUUCGUUGUGCGAUGAAUUUGAUGUAAUUCUCGAAAAAAUGAAAAACUUCGUGUACUAUUUGAAAAUAAAAUUAACAUUGAAAAUUA